CAUUCAUUCAACCAUCCAGCCAUCCCACCCAGACCACAUACCCAUCAAUCAAAAUGCCACCCCCCCUCCCCUCCCAUCACCGGGGAAUGACAGCCAACCCCCUAAAGCCAAGCCGAUACCGACCCGGAAAAGCCGUUCCAGAGGAACCCUCAUCAUCGGAAGAAGAGGAGGACGAGGAGGAGGCGGCCGAGAAGCUCAGACAACAGCAGGAGAGACGGCGGUUAGAGGCGCAACGACGACAGGCGCCGAAGGCGAGUUCGUUUCCUGCGGGUGCGGCAGUGACAGGGAAACCUGUCAAGGGGGCGAAGAGUGUGAAGUUCCAGGAGGGAGAAGAGGAUGAGGAUGAGGAGGGGUUCGUUACGGAGGAUGAAGAGGAGGAUGAACGGGCUACGAAGACGGGUGUACGCCCCCCUGUUGCUGGCGAUAGGGUUGCUGUCCCGGCUGGUCAGAGGAUAGGUAAGGAGGGGGGUGAGGAGGAGGAUGAGGAUGAGGAGGAGGAAGGGGGAUCUGAAGAGGAAGAGGAGAGUUCAGAAGAGGAGAGCAGUUCCGAGGACGAGGCGCCGCGCAGGGUGCUCCUACGGCCUACGUUCAUCAAGAAAGAUAAGCGCAACGCGACGCCAAACGAAGCGCAAAACGGACAGGGGGGGCCAGGCACAGUGGCUGAUUCGGCAGCUGAAUCGGAGGCGCGCAGGGCACAGCGACAGGAGAAGGCGGAUUCACUGGUGAAGGAGCAGCUAGAGAAGGCGGCGAUUGCUCGGAGUGAAGCGAACAAGGCAUGGGAUGACGACGAGUUGGAGGUGGGCGAAGAGGGCGCCAUCGACGAUACGGACGGAAAGGACCCGGAGGCGGAGUACGCGGCGUGGAAGCUGCGGGAGCUGAAGCGCAUCAAGCGCGAGCGUGAGGCGAUCGAAGUGGCGGAGAAGGAGCGUGAAGAGGUUGAGCGUCGCCGCGGAUUGACGGCCGAGGAGCGCGAUCGGGAGGACCGCGAAUUCAUCGCCAAGCAGGAGGAGGAGAGGGAAGCGACCCGCGGCCAGGCGGGUUACAUGCAGCGGUACUUCCACAAGGGAGCGUUUUUCAACGACGACAUGCAGCGCGAGGGCCUCGACAAGAGAAAUGCCAUGGGUGCGCGGUUCGUGGAUGAUGUGUCCCGCGAAACGCUGCCGCAGUACAUGCAGAUUCGAGAUAUGACGAAGCUUGGAAAGAAGGGGCGCACGCGAUACAAGGAUCUGAGAUCGGAAGACACGGGGCGGUUUGGCGACGAGUUCGGCAACAGGCCCCGUCGUCGCGAUGACGCGCCUUUGGGCAUCACCGACGAGAGAUUCAUGCCGGAUCGUGGCGACGACAGGCCUACAGGCCCCACGGGGGCUAAUGCCUCUGUUGUGCGCCAGAGACGCCGGUCCCGAUCUCGGUCAUCCUCUCCACGGCGAGAUCGCUACCGUGAUCGCUCGAGAGACCGAAACGAUGACCGUCACCGCGACCGUUCAGCCGACCGAUACAGACCCGAGUCUAGUCGCAGGAAACGAAGCCCCUCGCCUUAUGAUGACCGGGACAAACGGAGGCGGAUGAGAAGUGUUUCGCAGGAACGUUAAAUGGGAAGCACGCAAACAAACAAAAUUAUUCUAUUCCUACCGGCGUUGUUGGGGUGGGGGUAUCUUGAGAUCAUGAAUGGAUGCAUCAGGGUUAUUAUGUUCGUUGCAUUUUGGGGGACCAAUCCGAUCCAUUCCUGCAUUUAAUGUGGCCUCCGAGAGAUUAUACCUGGGUAUUUUUGGCAGACAGACUGAACCGAACGUAAAUAAACCAGACAUCUUGCUUGCAUAUACAACAAACAGACAUGACUGUCGGGCGCGAGGUCAUCCGCGCUACUCAUCUUUCCAUCUCGUGAAUGAACAGUUUAAAUGCC